GUCGCGUCCGGGCUGCGUUUGUGGCGGGCGCCGGUUGGCGGCACGGAGCCGCGGCCCGGCUUCGCUCCCCGCGCCGCCAUGGGGCUGCUGCUCUGGCUGAUGGUGCAGCUCGGAGCGGGCUCCGCGGCGUAUGUGGUGUACGUGGAUGUCCGGCGAGCCGAGCGGCCCCUGCGGCACUUUUGGAGGAGCACGGGCUUUUGCCCUCCUUUACCUCACAGCUCUGCUGAUCUAUUUGACUUAAGCAAAGAUCAAGAGAUGAACCUUGCAUAUAUUUCUUCUGUUCCUCAUGAUGGCAUUGAACAAGUUCGAAUUCACUGGUUACUGGAAUUGAUUACUGUCAGAAUGAUGAAUGAGAAACUUUACUACAAUUUUACUGCCUUGGAUAACCUUAUGGAUCGUCUGUGGGAAAAUAAGCUUAUUCCAGGCUUUGAAUUGAUGGGGAAUCCAUCAGGAUAUUUUCCAAAUUUUGAAGAUAAAGAGCAAGUAGUAAGGUGGAGAAACUUAGUAACACUUCUGGCCAGCAGAUAUAUAGAUAGAUACGGAUUGGAGCAUGUUGCUAAAUGGAAUUUUGAAACUUGGAAUGAACCAGAUCACCAUGACUUUGACAAUGUGUCUAUGACGGUGAAAGGGUUUCUCAACUAUUAUGAUGCUUGCUCAGAAGGAUUAAGAGCAGCUAGUACUCUACUAAAAUUUGGAGGACCUGGGGACUCCUUCCACCCCUUUCCCAAGUCACCCAUAUGCUGGAGUCUUCUGUGUCAUUGCUACAAUGGAACCAACUUUUUCACAGGAGAAACUGGUGUAAGGUUAGAUUACAUCUCUCUUCAUAAGAAGGGAGGUGGGCGUUCUCUCUACAUCUUGCAACAAGAAGUGGAAACAGUUGACCAAAUUCAGAAGUUAUUUCCAAAUUUUGCUUCCAUUCCCAUAUACAAUGAUGAAGCAGAUCCAAUGGUUGGAUGGUCUGUUCCACAACUGUGGCGAGCUGAUGUGACAUAUGCAGCUAUGGUUGUAAAGGUAAUCACGCAGCAUCAAAACUUACUAAUUUCCAAAGCCAACAACACCAUUAACUAUACACUGUUGAGUAAUGACAAUGCCUUCUUGAGCUACUACCCACAUUACUUCACACAGCGGACUCUGACAGCACGUUUUCAGAUGAAUAAUACAAAGCCACCUCACGUCCAGAUGGUGCGGAAACCAGUACUGACUGUCAUGGGCUUGCUGGCACUGCUAGGAGAAAAGCAGAUUUUUGCAGAAGUAAACAGCAGUGAAGGUGAAAGCACUGGAAACAACACCUUUGGUGUCCUGGCAUCUGUGCACACUCCAAGUGAGCUGCAGCCCUCGGACAGUUGGCAAGCUACUCUGCUGAUGUAUUCAAGUGAGGAUAACAGUUCUUCAUCCAAUAUCAGCACCAUCACAGUGAAUGCCACCCACUUCCCCAAACUUAGAGAGCCAGUGUAUGUGACGUAUUACCUGGACAACAACCAAACCAAUCCCUAUCAGCAGUGGAAAAAACUAGGAAGCCCUGAUUUUCCUUCUGCAAAACAGUUUCAGCAAAUAAGGGAUGCUGAGGACCCAGUGGUAACAGGCCCCUUGCCUUUUCCUGAAAGUGGCACUUUGACACUGAAGCAAGACUUCCCUAUUCCAUCAGUCUUUUUGAUACACAUCUGUUCAAGACCCAGUUCAGUUCCUGAUCAAGUGACUGGUGUUCAUUUCAUCCCUCUCACAAAGGGGCAGGUGGUUGUGCUGUGGGAUGAUGGCUGUGUAAAUUCAAAGUGUAUAAAGACAUUUGAAGUUGAGUUCUCACCAAAUGGAAAAGUCUACAAGCGGAUUAAUGCCAAAGACACAAUAUUCACUCUGUAUGUCUACAGUCCAGGAAGCUCAGUCUCCGGCUUUUACAGAGUGCGUGCCAUUGACUACUGGGGAAAGGCAGGCCUGUCCUCUGUUCCUGUGGAGUAUGUUGAAGCUCUCAAGUGACUCUGAAGAGUGGUGCCUGGUUUGUUGACUGAGUGGUGUAUGCUUCCUGCAGAUGACAACUCCCCAGAAAAGUAAACUCCUCCCAAGCUAAGGGGGGAGUAUAGAAAGGACCUGAUGAAGCAAGUUAGGAAUGCAAGUUAGAAGCAACUGCCCCUGUUAACUCUUCAGAGCUCAAAGACAGCAUUAUCAAACAACCACUGCUAACAACAAUUAUAGGACUGGCAUUCAGUUUGAUAACUAGAAAUUGUUGUUUGCUAUUUUACACCGAUCUGAUAUGCAGAACAGAUAGAUAUUUAUGAAGGCCACAAACUGCAGCAGGAGGAAUGCCAUCACUUUACUAUAUGAGCGAGGAUGGCAGUAAAGGCACAAGGAGGACCCGUCUGAGAGUGAGCUGCUGGUUUCAGCUACCUGGCUAUCUUGACAUAGAGAGUGAUGGAAGAGCACACAGCAACCAGACUUUCACAUCCAGAUCAUGAAGUGGAGGGUCCUGUCUUUCCCACCAGUUAAUCGUAUGUGCUCCUGAGGGCUGUUUCAGAGCAUUUCCACUGUCUUUAGAUGUAUGAGGUUCUUCUCCCUCUCACAGAGGGAGUUCCUGCCUGUAGACUACAUUGCAUCCGCUGCUCUCUGCCUUUGCCUGAGUCACCUUCUUGCCUUUGUGGAGGUUUUUGUGUUUGUGCAGAACCAUCAGUUACUGCCUUUCUAGGGUGAAGACUCUAGCUCCAAAAGUUUCUCUUCCUCUCCAUUCCACUCUUACCUAAUCUCACUUUAUACAGCCCUUCUCCCCAACGUGCUUCCCUUCUAGAGUUUCAUGCUUAGAUGUAAAGGAGCUGAGGCUUGGCUUUGGAUUCCCAGGAAGUUAAAAUGCUGGUUAAAGCCUUUUGUAUUACAACAUAACAUACAAUUACAUUUAAUGGAGGGUUGCAACUGACAACCAUCUAGGAAACUAAUCGAGAACAGUUUGAGUUUCCAUACUUCAGAAACCACAUGCUCAAGUGUGUUAUUGCUCCAGAUAAUGAGCUGCAGAACACCUCUGGCUGUCCUUGCAAAUGCCAAAUAGUUUAUGCAACAGCAAAGUUCCUUGAAAUUGCAGGGGUGUUUUUUUUACGCACCCCUCUUCACAACCAGCACAGUUUGAACUGUGCCUUUAAAAUGCUUAUAGAGGAAAGGAUAAUGCCAGUGAAAACAGCUGGAUUGUUUUCCAUGAGAGGAGCAACUUUGUCACACAAACAUCUCCCCUGCUGCUCUCUUUGCUGACGUCAGACACCUCACCAGCCUCACAACAAAGCUUGCAUUUUUGAUGAAACAGAUGAAAAAAAAAAACAAACCUAAACAAACAAGUUUGCACAGUAGGAGAUAGCUGAACUAUUUAAAAUGGCUACACAUUUACAACAUGGGAAAGAAACAUGUACAAAAAGUGGGUAUAUUUCCAAUGACACCUCUUAGUUACUUGUUCAGGUGCUUAUACUAAAAGUUAGCCUUAAAAGAUCCAUCUGAACUCAGAAUUCAGGUGAAAUACUUCUUACCUCACUGAAGUUUGACUUAGGAGUGAUUGUUACAUCCAAAUCUGCCAAUUCCUUACUUGUAAAGACUUGUACAGAACAGAAAAAAAAAAAUCAGAGUCUUCUUAGUUGAUAACUUUACCAGUUUCAAAAAAGUGUCAGUGAGAAGUUCUACCAGAAUGGAGGUAGUAAAAAUACAUUUUAAGUUGUUACAACAACAUCCAAGUGAAGAAUCCAAAAAUGAAGAUAAGAAGAUCCACAAUACAUAGAGUUUGCCAGUAUGAAGUGGAGCCACUGAGAAAACAGGUUUUAGAAAUAUUUAAGUAUGGAUAGUGCAUCUGAAGAGGGGAAGAUAUAGAAGCUUGAGAGGACAGUUAACCUUGUUAGGAUGUCAUAUUUAUGUAGUCUUACUGUCUAUGAUUUUGCUGCAUGAGCAACUACAGCAUGUAGCAGUAGUUUUCAAUUCAAGGACUAUGCGGUAGUUAUAAAAAUCUGCAAAAGCAGACCUAAGAAUAUUGUAGAUGCAGGUAGAAUCUAUUCUGUCAGGACCAACUUCAGCCACUUUGAAGGUCUGUCACUAGCAACCUCUUUUAGGUUUCCUACAGUAAGCAUCAUCCAAAGUGUGGAUGGUGCUUUUUCAACUAUUUCGCUGGCACUGGCAACUGUGAAUGGAAAACAGCUGACCAAAAAUGGUGCACUAACUGUUCAGAAACAAGUUUUACAUAUUCAUCAAGAUACAUUUAUUUUUCUACUUCUUCUUUGUUGCUUUUGUAUAAACGUACUCCUUUAAGCAAUGAGCAAGUCUAAAAAUCUGUAGCAGAGGAGAGAAAGUUUCUAGGCUAAAGUUUGUUGAACUUGCUGUAUGAACUUGCUGCUCUCGUCUUUUCUCUAUUUUAAUGACUACAAAAUUUGCUAUUUAGUGCUUGAAACUUGAGUUUUCUAUGACUGUUUGCCACUGACUGUCUCAUAGGGCUUCGAACAUUGCUUGCUUAAUCGUUCAUUUCUACCAUCUCCUUCUUUACUGGGACAGCAGUCAGCUCCCCCCAGCACUUUAAGUUUUUGUAAGUGCUGGAUGUGCAAAGUGAUAAGUGGGGAGUAGCAGGUGCUCGGUGGUUUCUGUAGCAUAUGAGCCAAAGCAGCACUGCAGAGUACUCAGGUAAGUCUUUGCUGGCUGAGCAAUACAAGUAAGAAAAUCUAACUGCAACCUCAAGAUGAGAUGGCAUGCUUCUCAACAAGCAAAAGCUUCUGAGAUUGUUUUGCAAUUGUUAAAAUGAAUACAAAGGAAAAAGCUUUCGAGGGGAUAUUUUAUAUUGUUUAAUUGUAUGUAUACUGGAUUUGUUACCAUCUUUUGUGCUACACAAAAAAAUCAGCUUUUUAUGUCUGGUAUGAAUCCUGCUAAAACAAGAUGCAAUCACUGUGCUCUGGAAGCUGCUCUGAACUCUUAUGUGAGUAGUUAAUUGUGAAGCAUUGCUGCUGUUGUCAAGGUAUAGGGGCCUGACUGGUGUGAGUGCCAACCUUACAUAAAACUGAAGCAUGAGGGAAGUCUGACCAAAAAAAAACCAUCAAAGCUGAAGUAGGGCUUUAGACACAUAAAUUGUCUCAGCUACGGGUUAAGACACUUCUUUAGGCCCAAAGGAAAACUGGUUUAACAUGUUGUGAUAUUCUACCAUCAGAUCUUAGGACUUGCAGUGUCCUUGGUAUGAGGAGGGGCACUGGCAUGUGAAGGACAAGAUCCUUGCCGUAUUCCUCCUGCUGUUACACAAUCUCAGCCUUUCUGCCAGCACCAAAGGACCUUCUGAGGACAAAACAACAGUCCUCUUCAUUUGUAAACAGCUUUUUCUUUUCUCUUGUUAGUGGAAAGUUUGUGCAGAACAGGAUCGACUUAUGACCUGUACACACAUUUAGAAGAAGGAAUAAUAGACUGGUUUCCAUCAGCCUGCUGAAACAGCAGGCAGAAGUGUGUCUGCCUUUAGACAUACACUGAACAUCAGAUGUUGAACCCGGUAGAGUGAGAGGACUUUGGCUCAGAGUAGAAUACACUUGUUACUGCCUAACUCACUUUACUUAGCCUGUCUCAGUCUGAGAAUUCAGCAGAGAGAAAUGGACAUGAGCUAAUUAGCUCACUUCCUUCUGUUUAUUAACUCAUCAGAACGUACAGUGAGGGCCUGCACGUGAUCCUGAUGGGAAUGUGUUCUCUCAGGACAAGGCAGGCUCCUCGGACACGUGUAACUCUGUGGUGUAAUCUCCCAGAGUCAACACUGUCCUCCUGCCUUCCUGGAGGCACAAUCUUUUGUGACGGAGAAGGGAUUUUACUGCCUAACUCUUACAGACAGACUGUGCCUCGCACAGUAAGGGCGUGCUUGGCCCCGAAUCUGGAUUGUGCUUGCUAGAAUGCCCACCCACCUUGGUAUGUUACAGCUGCAGACAAUUUAAAAUCCCGCCUCUCUGUGACUGGUAGUCUGGUCUGAAUGCCUUGGGUGAAGGUCAGGCUCCUUCAUCUAGGGGCCUGUGUUGUCUAAUCAGCUGUGAUACAAGUCCUAAGUUCAGAGAACUCCACCCCAAUACUUCCUCAUGGAACUGGUGGACAAGUGGUGAACACUAAAUCAAUUCACUAACCUUGCACUUAGUCCAGCACAAAAGACUGGACUCUUUUAACACUCAAUAGUCUCUUAUCUGUGUGGUUUUGCUUUUGCAUUGCAUCUGCUUUUGCAUCUGCUUCUCACCUUAACUUUAGGUGGUUCACCAUCUUGCUUCCCUUGAAGAUAGCUAUACUAGACCAGAAGAGCAAGGAAAACCUCAAUGCCAUAGUUUCUCUGCUAACUGAGAGGCUUUAGAAUGCUUCGUGGGAAAAGAAAGCCUGAGAGACAUCCCUGCAUCCUGAGGAUCAUGUGUCUGGCCCUGGGGAAAUGUCUUUAGUUAGUGUUUUACAUGCUGAAUACUGACUCCAUUUACCCUUUUUCUACAAGGAGUUGUCUAGAUAUUAUUGUUCUUUUAUCAGUGAAAAUGUUGCCCACAAAAUGUCCCACUUGUGUACCUUUCAGUUCUAUAUCUCUCAGGUACCAGAGACUGAAGUGGAAGGCAGUGAGGAGUAAGUUAUUUUCUGCAUCAUCAGAACCACAAGUACCUGCUCACUUAAAGUAAUGGCCCAGUGCUACUAAAAGGAACAUUUGCUUUAUUGCACUCUGGAGUUGGGGCCUACUCAGAAAUACUGUUUUUCUAUUCGGUUGUUCCAGAAACAAGUUUAAGAUGUUACCAGGCAGGGAGGAUCAAGCCCUGCUGGCCCCAUGCAGGGCUGUGGCAGGCCACCCUGCUCUCCUGCCUUCCCAGAAUGCUGACCCGCUUCUCACGCUCCCCAGCGCCGUGCAACAGAAAGCAAGUUAUGGGUGGGUUUUUAAAAAACUUUUAUUGACAAAUGCCACAUUAGGUAUUACCUUGAAAAUUCAGAUACCACUACUGUACUGCACGCAGUUUACAAAAUCCCCAACGUUUUCAUGUGUUUUUCAGAGAAAACACACUACUAUGAUUUAUUAGCUGAGUGGCAGCUUCAGUACCAAGACGUCUGGCUUCUGUGCUUAGGGAUAGAAUGAGAAAUGUACUCUUAGCAGGCUCCUGCAAAGAAAGAAAAGGAAACCUCAGCCCAGGUAGGUAAAUCUGCAAAGUGCUCCACCAGCCUUUCAGUCUUUAGCGAAACUGGAGUUGACACUUUCCUAGACUACUACUGAUUCACAGAACAAGGUUAGGACAGGCUGUGUCAUUCUGUACCUGCUCUCCCAACCUUUGCUAGUUCCUGACAACUGAGUUUUUAGCCCUGUGAACACCUCAUCACAGUCCCAUGAAUAUGAAAGGGCAAGGGGCAGGGAUGCCCCACCAUCCCCAUAACCAGGUGUGAUGCCAGUGCUUGCUCUGCCUUUUCCUAUCUGGCAGUGCAGAACAUCAGAAUCAGGGUGGCAGCCUCCAGCCCAGGUCCUCUGGUCUGGCUUAGUGCAGGGCCUAUCUCCAGGCAGCGUACUAUGUGUGGCCACCAAGAAGAGACAUUUUUGCACCCAGCAUAGCUGUAGAAAUUAACCUGCCCACCUCAGGGACAGCUGAAAGAUCAGAUUCCAUGGCUCCAGAAGAAAAACGUCCUCAAAACAGGCCCUAGAUAUGGUCUGUUAGCAUGUGUGUGAAGCAGUUGCUAAGUCUCACUGCCAACAGAUGCAGCCAGAACUGCUGCUCACAGCCCCUCAGCACUGCUGUCCAGACCGCCUAGGACACAACAUGAGCUAAGGAGAGGAGCAUGUUCCUCCCUGGAGGCAGUUUUCCUUCCUUUUCCUCAUGGAUGAUGCACAAACAUGGAGUAAGAUGCUGCUACUCAGGUGGCCAAGCCAACCAUUUCCAACCAUCAGGUUGUGGCACUCCAACCUAUCUGACAGGGAGGAGCUGAUCCCCCUUUGUAGUGUGUCAGUGUCAGCACACAAUGGCAAACUGAAGGCCAUGGAACAGGGUCUCUACCUGCUGCGGACUUGCCUUUUGCAGCUCUUUUCUUAUAAAGUUAAAAACUUCAUAAACGAUUACAGCUUGGCUUGCUGGAGCUCUGCCACACUGACAGCAAAUGCAUUCACCUCCCCUGCAGGCUGCCUGUGCAGGCAUUUCUCUGCAGGUUGGCUCGAGGUACCUGACUGCAGCACAGGCUGGAACUGGCCAGACAUGCAGAUCUCCUCCUGCUUCUGGCGCACGAUGCGCUGGAUGGCGGGGGGUAGGCCACGGGGGUUGCGAGAGAAGAUGAGGGAGUAGCCAUCAUCGCAGGAGCCGUCCUCCUUCAGGCUGCGGCAGGCGUAAGUAAUGGCGUAGUUAUCGUAGUCGGUGUCAAUCACCCAGUAGUUGUCCCCUGAAACAGAGCACGUGUUUGUCACUGUAAGCACCGUAGACCGAUGGCGGACUGGGCUGUGCAGCAGAGAGAGGCCACGCUUCAGCAAAGGGCUGGGCAGCCUCCUGCGGGACUGAGAGUCCCCCACCCCCAGCAGGUCUCCACCUGUCAGGUGAAGAACUGGGGCAGACAUGGUGCAGCCUGAGUUAUGGUUCACCAACGCACAAAUCCAGGCAGUGGUAAGCUCUAGGCAGCACAGGGAGGAGGCAGGAGGGGGCACUCACCACCACUGGACAGAUAGCUCGCCAGGCCCUGGUACGUCAUGUACAUCUUUGCAGGAGUGGUCGGGUCCGGCACUGUGUACUGAGCAGCCAUGUCAGCACAGAUUACCCAGAACC